UCUGGUUCUCAGAGUCAGACAACAAGGAGAAGCUUCUCUGCUGGCCAGGCGAUUUCCCUGCUUACAUUUGAGGAGAAGAUGGCAAAUAUAACAUAUGAUGACGACUAUAGCAAUUACACUGACGGCUACGAUGACCCAGUAGAAAUAUGUAACAGUGAAGCUGUAAACUAUCUGGGAGCUCAAAUUUCCUACAUUUACUACUUCAUGUUUCUCUUCAGUCUGGUUGGCAACGGGCUGGUCCUGGUCAUCAUCCAUCGGUUUGAGAGGCUGACCACUGUGACCAACAUUUUGCUGCUGAACCUAGUGAUGUCCUCCUUGAUCUUCAUGAGCAGCCUUCCAUUCCAUGGAGUGUACAUGCAGCUCUCUAACUGGAUCUUUGGCAACGUUAUGUGCAAGAUUGUAGGCAGUGUCUACUACCUGGGCUUUUACAGUUCUGUCCUGUUUCUGGUUCUCCUGACCUUUGACCGACACCUUGCAGUCGUUUACUCCUUGGGUGCGCCACGAAUGAGAAGUCAACGCUACGCGUUACUCUGCUGUGCUGUGGUGUGGCUGGUCAGCAGUCUGGCGUGCAUCCCAUCGAUGAUUCUAUACAGAAGUUUUUAUUACGCCGUUGAUGAUGCAACACUCUGUCAGGAAGUUCCUGGUAACGUCAAAGAUGAUACUGUAAUCCAUCUGAGAAAUUCUGCAUUUUACAUUCAGCUUUUUCUUUUCUUGCUCUUUCCUCUGAUUGUUAUUGUGUACUGCUAUGUGAGGAUUGCUAUCACUAUCAUAUCAUCCAAAUUAGUUACCAAGUUCAAGACAGUCAGGUUGAUAUUUGUCAUUGUCCUGUUAUUUUUUAUUUGCUGGAUCCCAUACAAUGUUGUACUACUGACUGACCAUGGAAGCAUGGACUGUGAGGAAAGGAAGAGGAGGGGUUAUGCAGAACAAGUCACUCGUAAUCUUGCCUACAUUUACUUCUGCAUCAGUCCCAUCUUCUAUACAUUUGUUGGGAAAAAGUUCCAAAACUACUUCAGACAGAUGGUGGUAAAACGCUUCCCAGGGUUAAAGAAGUAUAUUUCUGUUGAUCAGGUCAGCAGAAGCAAUAUGUCCACAAAAACUACACAAAAUGAAUUGAGCAGUGUCAAACUCUGAGGAAUAUAAUGCUGUCUGUAGCAGAAGUAAAGCCAAAAUAUAAACCAUCGAAACACCCAUACGUCAGUUAGCUAUGCCCAAAACCACAGGAAGAGAUAGAUCACUGGUGGUUCAUUUACAAACUGGUUGGAAGACUUACUGUCCUCUAGUAGUCAGAAGUUGAUAAAUAAAGCUCUACUGUACAUUUAAAGCUGAGAAACUCCAUUUGUAAGAAAUAAUCUGAAAUAAUGUUCCAAGGUGUCCUGGUUGUGGUUAAAGUUAAAUAAUUUAAUAAUCAGCCAUAAUCCCAUUUAAAGUAUUCACACCUAUGUCUGUCUAGGUAAGCCAGACUACACUUUAGCCUUUUUAAAACAGUGAGUCAUGCAUCAGCAUGCACACUCAUUUUCCAUACCUGUAUCUAUCUGAUCUUCAUUGGUUUAAUCUUGUUGAUUUUGUUAUGUUCUUUUUAUUAGUUCUGUUUAUAAUGAAUCAUGUCAGUUGAUGUUGUACAGUGAUGUUUUAUUCUCUUGCAAGUUGCUCUGAUUUCAUGUAAUGCACAUUUUUACUUGGAAAUAAAACUGUGAGAAAGCACCAAAAAAGUCAAGUCACUGAAACUACAACACAAUCAUAAAAGUGCAAGUGCAGAAGAUACAUAUGCAUCAAUGCAUCAGGUCUUAAUGCCAUUAUAUAAAAAUGUUUUUUUAAGUUUUCAGUGAAGGGGCCUCUCUCAGGUGCUUAGGUAGGGCGUACUUGGGGCAAAAAUACAAAAGGCAGCCUCCCCUGGUUUAGAAUGUCUGGAUCUACCAUACGGGCAAAGCUUCAGGUCAUGUGCUUGUCAAAAGUUUGAGGGCUUGCAUUAACUCCCAUUAGGCCGGCGCCCCGCAUACAGGAAGUACAUAUACAUAGUAAUUAAUAAAAUACAAUUUGGAAUCGAUUUAUAAUGAAUGCUGACAGGUGCUGAGAGACUUACAGGUGCA